UCCCAGACGGUUUCAGGCAGGGAACAGAACCGUUCAUGUCGAUCCCAGACGGUUUCAGGCAGGGAACCGAACCGUUCAUGUCGAUCCCAGACGGUUUUAGACAAGGAACCGAACCGUUCAUGUCGAUUCCAGACAGUUUCAGACAGGGAACCGAACCGUUCCUCUCUAUCCCAAAAGGUUUCAGACAGGGGACAGAACCUACAAUUUUUAAUUCUAUGAGCUUCAAACAGGGAGCAGAGCCCUCCGUUUCUAUCCCAGACGGUUUUAGACAGGGAACAGAACCAUUCAUGCCAAUCCCGGAUGGUUUCAGACAAGGAACUGAACCUGUUAUUUUGACACUCCGAGGUUUCAGACAGGAAACCGAGCCAUCUAGGUCUCUUCCUAGAGGAUUUAGACAGGGAACAGAACCAUCUCUAAAUAUACCAGAAGGUUUAAGGCAGGGAACAGAACCAUUGGUUAAACACCCAGAAGAACAGGGCCGGUCCACUCCCAGCCUCCAAACAUGUCAAGGGGAGGUGAUCAACGGAAACUGCUACGAGUUCAACCCAACUCCACUCAAUUUCCAAGAAGCACAGGAUUUAUGCAAAGCUCGGAACACACACGCUGAGCUCGCAUCUGUGACAAGCGGGGACCUUCAUUCCCGCCUGGUUUCCAUGGUUACCAAGGGCGGCCAGAUCAGCCCACGGUUGACGUGGCUGGGGGCCGUGGUCAAGAACCAGCAGGCCUCCUGGGUAGACGGGUCGGAGUGGACUUAUAGUGACUGGAUGCCGGGUCAGCCUAACAUUCACACCAGCAAGCCAGUCUGUGUGGAAAUGUUCAAAAUAGAUGAAAGUUGGUGGACGGCCGUGGACUGUGACCUGAAGCGAGCGUCCAUCUGCUCGUAUCCGGCGGCGGCGUGAACCCCUCCCCCCGGAUGUGUACGAAGGAAU